AACUUCACCUCCUUUAACUAGCAGGUAAAAGACUCUGGACUUUGGACUUUCUUUAGUCAUCAAGAGUAAAGAAAAACUUAAUCAAAAUGUUAAAUAGAAAUAUAAAUAGAGUGUUCAGCGAUAUUCUAGGAUUUCUACAGGAUUCAAGAUCUGCGUCGUUGGUAAUAUGGGUGCUAAGGUUGCUGGCUCUAAGUCGGGCUAUCACAGGCAUCGGUUGGCCCGAACAUUAUCCGGUACAUGAUGGCGAAGUUUUUGAUUUCAUAGUGGUAGGGGCUGGCUCGGCGGGUGCAGUGGUGGCAUCGCGAUUGAGUGAGAUACCUCACUGGAGAGUGCUGCUCAUCGAAGCUGGUGGUGACCCUCCUCCGGGAAGCGUGGCCCCGAGUUUAUUUGCUACGCUAGCCCAUACGAGUGUGGACUGGCAAUACCGCGCCUAUUUCGAAAACGGCACAGGUCUUGCUCAUCCAGGAGGCUUCCUGUACUACACUCAAGGCAAAGUUCUUGGGGGUUCCUCUGCAGUAAACUAUGAAAUCUACUCUAGAGGUGUACCCGAAGAUUUUGAUGGAUGGAAUGAAAUUGCACCUGGCUGGGAUUGGAACACUGUUCUUCGCUAUUACAAGAAAUUAGAAGGAAUGACAGAUCCUUCUGUGUUGUAUGAUCGUCGUACAGCGCAUUUACAUUCCGCCAAAGGCCCUGUAUUAGUAUCUAGACCUCAAACUAACGUCAUACAUGCUGAGAAAAAUGAAAUCUUUUUGGAUUCACUAGAAGAAAUAGGCGUGAAAAGAAUCCUAGAAAUUAAUGGUCCCGAAAAAUUUGGAGCUGCAAUUCCACAUUUUACUUUUGCGAAUGGAAGAAGAUCUAGCACUGCAGAGGCUUAUUUGAGGUCGACAAAGGAUCGACCUAAUCUUAAAGUAGCUAAGUACACUAGAGUCACUAAAGUUUUAAUUGAAUCAGAAAGGAAACACGCCUAUGGUGUUCAAGUUCUACUAAAAAAUGGAAAGAUGAUUGAAAUAUACGCUAACAAAGAAGUUAUAGUUUCUGCAGGAGCAGUUAACAGUCCGAAGCUCUUAAUGUUAUCAGGAAUUGGGCCAAGAAAAGAAUUAAAACAACAUCAUAUAAACAUAAUUGCGGAUUUGCCAGUUGGAAAGAAUCUUCAUGAUCAUAGCACUGUGAGCAUUGUAUUUGCCGGACAAAGUGGGUUACAGACUGUGGUUCAGAAUUUAGCUGCAGUAACAGAACUUGGAUCAUACCCUUUACCAGUACAAUGUGGUUUUUUUCGAGUUGAUAACUGUAGUUAUGGUGUUCAAGAUAGGAGGCCUCAAUUUCAGAUUUUGAAUAUGUAUUCGGGUGCAGGAGCCUCACCGAUCAUUUUUGCUUUGUGUAAGAAUGUUUGUAACCUGGAUAAACCGUAUUGUUUAUCAACGGCGGAAGUUAAUUUAAAUAGAGAAAUAGAUAUAACCCAGUUGGUGAUGCUGCAUCCUUAUUCAAGAGGCCAAGUAUCUCUUAAAAGUAAGAAUCCCCUUGAUGAUCCUUUUGUCGAACUAGGAAUCUACAGAGAUCCAAGAGACGUGGAAAAUUUUGUCCAGGGUAUCAAAUUUAUAACACGUUUGAUAAAUACAUCUUACUUCAAGAAAGUGAAUGGAUAUAUGCCAAAAAUUCCUGUGACUGGUUGCAACCACUUAUAUUGGGGCACUGAUAAUUAUUGGAGAUGUUUUAUUAAACAUUCUUCAUGGACAUUGUUCCACCCGGUAGGAACUUGCGCUAUGGGACCACAUGGCGUUGUAGAUAAUACUUUGAAAGUACAUGGCGUCUCAGGGCUACGAGUUAUUGAUGCUUCUGUUAUGCCAAAGAUUACCAGUGGCAAUACCAAUGCCCCAACAAUGAUGAUAGGGGAACGGGCAACAGAUUUUAUUAAAUUAGAACACUUGGCACAUACUUAUACGUACGAGUAUCAGAAUAACAGCAAAUUGAACGCAGAUGAUGAGUGAGACGAAGAACAAAUGCAUUAUUUUAGGAAGUAAUUGCUAAUAGAUAACUUUAGGAUCACUAUAGCCAGUAAUAAUAGCUUGUAGCCAUUCUUUCAACCCCAACCGCAACAAUUUCAUUUUUAUUGCGAUAUUUGAUAAGACUCAUAUUUUAUUGUACCUACACGAAAUUAAUAUUUAUUGUAAAAUUUCUAUGCAAGUCGGCCGAUAAAAAUAUGGAAGACAAUUAAUGUAAACGCUUCACUGAGAUUGUUCAUACAGACUACCCAGUUAAUGUCGUUUUGCAUAAAGAUUUCAAUGAUGUUAAGUAUGGGUGCAUUCAGAUUUGGUGAAUGUGCUUGUUUGCGAAAGACUCGCGAGUUGCACAUGCAACGCAUUCGCCAGAUCUCUAUGUACCUUAAUGAUCUUUUGUAAAGGAGAAUAAUUUAUUGAUUGUAAAAGAUCGUGAAAAAUAAAUUUAAUGUAUAAUUUUGUGACCUGUGUCGCCCCUGGUGGCCUCUUGAUGACCGUGCAAGCAUGGGUGGUGCCUUCAGAGCAGCAUUUUCUAAUUUUUUAUGACACCGUGUCACGGGACGAACAAGUCGUGGGCCUGGUGGUAAGCGACACGCCUGUCCAUAACAAUUACGUGCUACUCAG